AACAGGCCAAUUACCGCUGUUCAGUAGGACUGUAGUAAAAACAACAACGUUGAGCCACAGAGUAGAGACAUACAGAGACGUAACUAGUGUACCCACUUUUUUUGUGCGCAUGCUCGGCAAGUUACUAGAUGCAUGCAUCUGAUUGGAUGAUGACCUGACGACUCACUUUAAACUUGCUGAGCACGCGCAGUAGAUCAUUUUUCGCCCGGUCGCUUGAAAAAAAGUGGGUACAUGAUAACGUAAUCUUCCGCAGUGUUUACAACGGUCAGUUACGUCUCUGUAUGUCUUAUCUACUCUGUGGUUGAGCGUACGUUUUAUUCAAUCAACUGAAGCGAGAUAUUUAGUGAAAUUUCUUUUGUAUUCUUGAUGAUGAUAAACUUUAUUUAACCACGCUAACAUUGUCAGCAGAAGCUGGUUUCCACAAUGGGCGUGUAAAAAACAUUAACAAAUUGUUACAAGUAAAAUAAUAAGGAAGUAUUAACAUGCAGAAUAUAAAAUUAUUAAAAUAUAUACAAAAAGUUUGCUAUUUACAAUAAUGUGGUUUUCUUUAUAAGCUAUAGGUAGCGAUUUUUCUUUUAAAACUUGAGAGCGAAUUACUUUCUCUUAUAUUUUUUGGAAGAGAGUUCCAUAUGGAAGCUCCAUAAUACAUGAAACUCUUUUUCAUAUUGUUUGUGUUUGGCUUGGUAUGGUACUUGAGCUGUUACGAAGACUGCGGUUUAAUAUUUCUUUUUUGAAAGUAAAUAAUUCUUUGAGACAAUUUGGCGCCAUGUUAUUUAGCGUUUUAAACAUUAUUUUUGCCUUUGCUUUUUUUUUUUUAAAUUUUUUUAUUGAGUUAUUGUUUGUUUUUUUAGUUAUUGUCGCGAUCGAAUAACAAAGAAAAACCCCCGACAAAGUGGCGAACCCGAGCAAGAUUUUAACAUCGAAAAGCAGCGAAUAUCGUACGUGAAAUAUUAAUCGUGUUUAGCUAAAAGUGAGACCAGAGAAAAAUCAAUCGUUAAAGAUGUUAACCGUGAAAGAUUUGUUGAAUAAAGUCGAAGGUAAGCUUCGAAUGCUGAAAUUUACAAGUGAUGAGACCCCUAGUGUUUUGGAAGAGAAUAAACAAAAACAAAUUGAGAGACAUGCCAAAGUUUUAGAAUCGUUAAUCGAGAAAGUUCAUGAAUUAAAAGAGAGAGAGAGAAUUGAGAAAGGGAAUGACCCCACGGAAGUUAGAACAUGGAGCCGUGACCUAGAACAGACAGUACUUGAGUUUGAAAAUGUUAUCAGCGAAGUGAAACAGCAGCGUGAGAAACUGUGCGUAAUAGAACUCUAGAAAGCUAAAAAUAAGGAGACAGAAAUUGAAGAAGAAAAGCGUAGGAAGCGUUAUGAUGAAGAGAUGGCACUAGAUGAGGCUAAACUGGAAAUGAAACGAAAGUUUGAAAAAGGAUUAGAGGAGGUUAUCUGGAAAACGCGUACAUGGGAAACGCGUACAUGGAAAACGCGUACAUGGAAAACGCGUACAUGGAAAACGCGUACAUGGAAAACGCGUACAUGGAGAACGCGUACAUGGAAAACGCGUACAUGGAAAACGCGUACAUGGAAAACGCGUACAUGGAAAACGCGUACAUGGAAAGCGCGUACAAUGUUCAUUUGUAACGUUAACUAAAACUUGGCGGUUUUAUUGGAAUUUCUCCUGCAGACCUAGUGAUUGUGUCAAUGAUGGUCAGAUCAUGGCCUCCGUGAAGGGUAACUUCACAGUGGACUACGUAAUGUUUAGUACUUUCAUUGUGUUCCAACAUGCGUCCAGAAAAAGCAGCCGUAUUUCCAACUACCUCACGCUAUUAUCCCAUGCACGUAAGAUAAUACAAUACAAUACAAUACAAUACAAUACAAUACAAUACAAUACAAUAAAAAUUUAUUUAUCCACGGUGGAAUCUUCA